AUGGCCGCCUCGUCUCUCGAACAAGACCCCUCCCCCGCCGACAUCGCUCGCCGCGAUCAGGAAGAGAAAGAUCGCAAGGCCCGCGAAGCAGCAGAGCAAGCCCAGCUCCCCUACCAAUGGACGCAAACGAUUCGUGACGUCGACAUUACUGCGCCCAUCCCUGCCAAUAUCAAGGGUCGUGAUAUGGAUGUCUCUUUGACCAAGACGAAGAUCCGAGUCGCCAUCAAGGGCCAGGAGCCAAUCAUCGAGGGUGACCUCCCCCACGCCAUUCUGGUUGACGAAUCCUCGUGGACGCUGGAAACCACGUCCAAGCCUCCCGGAAAGGAGGUGAGCAUUCACCUUGACAAGGCAAAUAAGAUGGAAUGGUGGGCACACGUGGUCAAGACCGCACCCAAGAUCGAUGUGUCCAAGAUCACUCCCGAAAACUCCAGCCUGAGUGAUCUGGAUGGGGAGACCCGCGCCAUGGUCGAGAAGAUGAUGUAUGAUCAGCGACAGAAGGAGAUGGGUGCGCCAACGAGUGAUGAGCAGAAGAAGAUGGAUAUGUUGAAGAAAUUCCAGGAGCAGCAUCCCGAGAUGGAUUUUUCCAACGCAAAGAUGGGCUGA